GUCCAUCUAGUCCAGUAGAAGAGUGUGGUAAUGAUAGAAUUGAGACAGAAGUGAGUUUUGUUUUGAAUGAUAAUAUUAAAGGCGUGAGGAUGAGCCUCCCACUAGGUUUCAAACCUCAAAAGAAAAAAAAAUUACGAGCUUGCAAAAUUUGUAUGCACUUAAAUCCAGCUCAACCCCUAUUCAGAUCCUGGAUACGACACUCUCUCUCUCUCUUGUCAACACCCGAGCCGACUCCGGUCUAACUGGGCCCAACUCGGCCACCACCCCAAACCGGCCCUUGAUCACCCCAGAUGCAGAGGAGUCAACCCAUCCGAUCCCAGACCAAGCCCAGAUCAGCGCUGACCAGCACCAGACUUUUCACGAUCUCUACUCACCCUUUUGUUGUGGCCAGGUGGAGCGAUGAGGAGACUUGGAGGUUGAGCCUACUGCGAGUUCGGGGCUCUGAGUGCUAGAACUAAAGUCUUCCUCAUUAAGUCAACUGGUCAGAGUAUUCUUUAACCUUAUGUUAAGUGUUCGGUGGCUGUGUGUGAUUUAGUUUGUUCCAGCAGCACUUCAAGUCUUGGGAUAUAAGCCUAAUUAAGCAUCUGUGUAAUCGUUUCAGAUCAGAAUAGAAAACUAAAAGAGCUACAGGUUCUGCUCUCUGUUCAUCUCAUUUUCUUUCUAAAGUUCUCAUCUACAUCUUUCUUCUCUACUUCAAUAUAUGUUAAGAGAGUGAUUGUUGGUGUGAGAGAGAGAGAUUUCAACACUGAGUGAGUAACUAGGCGGCGAAGGCGGAGUGGCCGAGAAUCGCGGCGACGUGUAAGGGCGUGUCGGAUUGAGAUGGGUUGUUGAGGACAAAGAGGUAUCGAUCGAGAUAUAUAACGUUUGAGAUACAAGCAAGAGAAUGCAAGGACAGUACCACAUCAACUAUUAUUCAGGUCUCUCAAUAACCUACUUAGUUGGAAGGAGGGAUGACGGAGAGUAGCGUAAAUGAUCACGUGUUGAUUGAAAUCCGAGAUGGAGGAGGAUAUGUCAAUGUGAAUAAGCAAACUCCGAGUGGAAAUAGCAUGGGGGACAAAUUAUUGGCAUCCCAGAUUAGAGAUAAGUUGAGCCUGCUGUCUCCAUUACCAGUUCCUAGUUGCAUAUUUAAGAUCCCUAGUGUGCUGCGAAGUCAGGUUGAAAAUAAGGAUUUCGGUACUCCGGAUCUGGUUUCAAUUGGGCCAUUUCACCAUGAAAAAGUGAACCUGCAAGCCAUGGAAAAAAUCAAACUGCGAUAUCUGCGUUCUCUCCUUGUUCGAAAGCCGACUCCAGAGACCACCUUGGAGAACUUUGUCAGAGAAAUCCGGAGUAUGGAAGUAGAUUGUGGUGAUUGCUAUGAUGGAGAGAUUGAAGCGAGUAGUGAUAAGUUUGUGGAAAUGAUGGUGGUUGAUGCUUGCUUUAUCAUUGAGCUGUUUCGAAAGUUUUCAGGAGAGGUGCCCAAAGAGGAGAAUGAUCCUGUGUUCUGUAGGUCAUGGAUGCGCACGGCUCUUAUAAAUGACUUAAUUCUACUCUCGAACCAGCUUCCUUGGAAAGUUCUCAGCCGUUUAUUUGAGCUUACGUGGGAAACAGGUAAACACCAUCUUCAUGACCUUAUUCUCGAGUACUUCAAGGGCUACACAUUUGGAUUGUCUCCACAAGCCAAUGGAGAAAUUGAAAAUAAACAUGUACUGGACUUCUUCAGAAAUUGCUUUCUUGACUCAUUUGAAACCAAAAUGUCUGAGUUUAAGGACUUGAGUUCGAACUCAAUUCCCUCUGCUGAAAGACUUUUCAAUGCUGGAGUAAGGUUUGCGCAUGGGCCUCGUAAUAGCAUGCUCAACAUAGUUUUCUGCAAUGGGAUUCUGAAAAUUCCGCCCAUACGAGUUCAGAAGUACGAAGUAUCCUUCCUUAGAAACCUCAUCGCAUAUGAACAGUGUGCACCAAUUACAGGUGUAAUCACCUCUUAUGUUUCGUUGUUAGGUGACCUCAUUAGGGAAGAGAGAGAUGCACAGAUUCUCCUGAAUCGAGGAAUUAUACAAGGCUUCUCAAGCGAGGAGGGUAUAGCCUCCUUGAUCAGUCUGCGCGCUGACCUCCAAAUAUGCAGUUCCCCGUACACCACACUCUAUGAGAAUGUGAAUCGAUUUACUGCAGUUAGGUGGAACGUAUGGAGGGCGAUAUUAAUCAACGAUUAUUUCAAGAAUCCAUUAGAUUUUGUGAAUCUUAGUGUUGGCGUCUUCUUCGUGACAUUUUUGACCUUAAUUCAAACCAUAAUUUCCAUUGCGUCUUACCACAAACCGCAAUCACAAUAGGCUUCUAUUAUGAAUUGUUUCCUGCAUGUGAUCACAUAAGUUCUCACCGUUGUUUCUUUUGAAAGUGUUUCAAUCUGGUGACCAAUAUUUGUAUUUGCUUCUCUUGGAAAUAAAGCGUGGUCAUAUGUGUCAACUAGUUGUGUUAUGUGUAACCGGGCCUCCUUGGCUCAUGUCAGUUAUCGUUCGCGUUAUGCCUGUAACCGUUACUGUUUUUAGGGAUAUGAAUAAACUUCAGUCUUCGUUGUUUGGAGGAUCUGAGGCUAUGGUGAAUCAUUCCAUGGUUGUAAUCUUUUAUCUCAAGUAAUAAAAUUAUCUUUUC